GUCGCAGUGAUAAGUCGUCUUCAUAUUGUUCAUUGUAAAUAAAAAAUGAAGUUUAUAAUCUUUCUUAUGUUCUUUCUGCUAUCGGUAAGGGUGAAAAACAGUGUACACUGUAUAGUGACACCUGAACUCGAGCCAGUGCAGCUUCUUGAUUUCACUUCGAAUGACAACAAAACUGUGACAUUAAAUAAAGCAUCAGUUGAAAAUUUAUUUUUAAAUCCUUUAGUGUCUGAUCGUGAUGUUGUUGUGGUCUCAAUAGCAGGAGCUUUAAGAAAAGGAAAAAGUUUUCUUCUUAACUACAUGCUUCGUUACAUGUACGCCAAUUACAAAACAGUAUCAGCACCAAACAGAACAAUCAAUGAAUUAACAGCGAGAAACUGGAUUGGCGACUCCGAUGAACCUUUGAAAGGUUUUUCAUGGAAAUCAAGCACAAAAAGGGAAACUGUUGGGAUUAUGUUUUGGUCUGAUGUCUUUCUUUAUGAUUCACCAAAUGGCGACAAAAUUGCGAUAUUCUUGAUGGACACUCAAGGACUUUUCGAUCAUUCAAGUUCACCUACAGAUAACAUUAGAAUAUUCUCAUUGAGCAGCUUAAUAUCUUCUGUUCAGAUUAUCAAUAUUUACAGCAUGAUUGAAGAAAGUCAUUUGGAAUAUUUACAGUUUGCUACAGAAAUUGCGAGAUUCACGGCUGUGGAGUCAGAAUCAAAUUCAAAACCAUUUCAAAAAUUGAUGUUUAUAAUCCGUGAUUGGAUUUCACCUGAAGAAUAUGAUUAUGGAUAUGAGGGUGGAAAUAACUUCAUCAAAAUGUAUUUGAGAAUCAAAGAUUUUCACACAUCAGAGUUGAAAACAGUUCGAGAAUAUCUAAAGAGAACGUUUGAGAGUAUUACAUGCUUUCUGAUGCCAUAUCCAGGAAAAUCUGUAGCCAGAAAUUCUUCCUACGAUGGAAGAUGGUCAGACAUUGAUGAAGAAUUUGUUGAUGUCAUGACAGAACUUUUUCCAAUUCUCUUGGCCCCUUCAAAUCUCACAGUAAAAACUGUCAAUGGUGUGCCAAUUAAAGCUUAUGAAUUACUUAUUUUCAUACGACAAUAUGUCGAUAUGUUCAAAUCAGAGAAUUUACCAGAAGCAAAAAGUAUUUUUGAGUCAACAUUAGACAAUCAAUUUCAGAUUCUCACCAGCAAGUCAGUUGAAGUUUACCUGGAAUCGAUUUCAACUUAUCAAGAUCACAUCUCGAAUUUCGAUGAGAUCGGAAAGCUUCACGAGAUAUCAAAAGCUAUAGCAAUGAAAUUUUUCAAUGAAGAGAAAAAGUUUGGAUCAAAUGAAGAUGGAGAAGUGUACAAGAUGCAACUUGAUAAUAAAUUAGAGAAAGCUUUUGCUGAAUGGAAACCGAUUACAGUUGACUUCUUAAAUAAGAUUGAAGAAGAACAAAGUAAAGCAAGAGAACAAAAGAAGCUUGCAGGUAAGACAGAAGUUCGAGUAAUGCAAAGCAAGAAAGAAGCCGAAAUAGCUGAUCAGAAAUAUUUUGAGCUUCAAAAGAUGAUCGAACUUGUUCGAUAUGACACUCAAGAAUCUCGCCAGGAAGCUGAGAUCAUUCGGAAGAAACUUGAUCAAGCAAAGUUGGAACGUGAACAAGCUUUAGUGAGAGAAAAAGAAAUCAAUCAACAAUAUCAGGAAUUGAAACAUAAAGUUGAGAUUUAUGAGCAACAACUUUACAGCGAACGUCGUAGGAAUUCAUUUUUGCUUCAACAACGAAUGAAUGUUGUUCGAAAAAGAGAUGGAAUUCUUCAGUGGUUCGCUGAUGGCGUCACUGCAUUCCUUGGAUUUGUUAAAAAACCUUUUGAUAACGUUGGAAAAUUAUUCAACAUUCAUUGAAUUAUGUAACUUUUUAUAAUCAAAUGAUUUUCAU